AUGGCUUCUGGUCAAGAGAUGGAUGCUACUAAGGAGGUGCCCGUUGCUGGCAAUGAGGGAGAUAAUGCUGCUGCUGCUGCUGACAUUGAUCUCAACCUCGAGGACUUUGUGGAUCAGCUCAAGAAGCAAGAGAAACACAUCUCUGUGCUUCAGGCCCAGUACAGGGAGAUCCGGCGUGGAAACCUCUACCAGCCUGCUCCUGCAGCAGAGCGAGUUGCCAACGCCGCUAACAGCCAGGCUGCACCUGCUGAUGCUCCCUCUGCUGUUCCCCCUCCUACUGGAGCACGCGUUGAGCCUCCUACUGCAGCAGCAACUGCUUUUGGCUCCUGCCCUUCGGCCCUGCCUCGUUUUGUCCAUGGCAAAACAGACGUUGAGACUUGGCUCUCCAUUGCGGAGGACUUUAUGUCCAUCCACAAUGUGCGUAGCGAGGCUCGCGUGGUCGCUGCGACCCUUGCCCUGGACGACACUCCGAGCAAGUUGGUGUAUGCCAACAAGCGCCACGCAGAGGCUAAUGGCCAUCCUUUUGGCUGGGAGGAGUUCAAAGCUGCCAUGCUGGCGGCAUUCCUAAGUCAGCCCCCGGCGCUCGAGGUGCGUAGCCGCCUGGAGAACAUCCAGUGCGGUGACCAGCCUGUACGCGAGUACGCCAAGGAGUUUGAGAAAACUCUGUCGCUGCUGAAGACUGCUCUUCCUGAGAGCGAGGUCAUCCACCAGUUCUUCAAGGGACUCCCUGAGCACAUCAAGCGUGUGCAUGUUGUGCGUGGGGAGCACCAGUGGAGGACCUACAAGGAGUGCAAGGAGCAGGUCAUUGACACGGAUGUGAAUUUCCGUGCGUACAUGACUCACGCUCGUGCUUAG